AUUGGCAGUUACCGUGUCUCGCGGGGCAGUUUCACCGGGCGGUGAACGGCCACCGUACCGCGUCUCGCGGUGUCUCCGGCCACUCGCUGUCCCCGCCGAACUUUCAAAAAGGAGGAGGAGGAGGAGAGGUGGCCGGCUUCUGAGAGGAGGAGAAGUCAGUGAUUGCUCGCUCGUUUUUCCAAGAAACCGGCCGGACUCGAGCGCUCGUCAAGUCCGUGUUCCAGAUCUGAGUUUUGUAGAGCCAUGGCGGCGGCGGCGCGCGCGAUCAUAUGCGAGAUGGCGCCGCAGAGGGGGGCGGUGGUGGCGCCGGCGGCCCCGGCGCAGCAGAAGGCGACGACGAGACGGGACGGUGGGAAGAUCAUGCUCCAGCCACGCCUCUGCACGCUCCGGUCGUACGGCGCCGGCAGCGGCGUGGUGGCGCGGAGGCGGGUGGUGGAGGAGGAGGAGAGCGGCGGCGGCGGCGCGGGGUCCUCCCCGUUCUUCGCGUCGCUAGCCGACUACAUCGAGAGCACCCGCAAGAGCCAGGACUUCGAGACCAUCUCCGGCCGCCUCGCCAUGGUGGCGUUCGCGACGGCGGUGGCGGUGGAGUUGACGACGGGGAACUCGCUGUUCAAGAAGCUGGACAUGCAGGAGAUCGAGGAGGCGGCCGGGGUGUGCCUCGCCGUGGUCGCCGGCGCCGCCGCGUUCGCGUGGGUGUCCAGCGCGCGCACCAGGAUCGGCCAGAUGUUCACGCUGGGUUGCAGCGCCUUCGUCGACUCGCUCAUCGACAACAUCGUCGAGGCUCUCUUCUCCGAGGGCGAGCUGCAGGACUGGUCCGACGACGUAUGAAUCGACGUCAUCAGCAAUUCAGUAUAGAUCGAAAUGAUAUACAUGUAUAGAUAUGCGUAUAGUUAUAUAGAUGGUAUACUAUAACAGCAUGAUUAGCAGAGGAAAGUAUAGAUCGAUAUGAUAUGAUAUGAUAGAUCAGCUGCAUGUGUGAAGCAAACUUUUGCAAGUUUCAUGAUUUCAUCAUCGUCGAUUCACAGACGCAUGGCGCAUGCAGAGAUAUGAUUCAGAUCAUCAGAUGGGAUCCGGCCCACAGGAUAGGAUGCAGAUCUAGAUGGUUCAGACUUAGAAUCAUCGUACACAGAUCCUGUAGAUGGUUUUGGAAGGGUUCGGCCUAUCAUUACAACUUCGCAAUCUGCAUGGGAGUUCAUUAGUCUGAAUUCUGAGAGCAGAUCUAAGGUUUGUUUUUUGGUCUAGCAAGGGAGUCCUGAAUAUGGCUGUGAAAUGUGUAUGUCUCUCUUCAGUGUAUAUAUAUACUGGGGGUUGAUUGAUCAGCCCCUAAAGUUAACUGUAACUAGAACAUGUAUCUUCUGAGGAAAUAAUAAAUUCUAGAGUCUUGAGACUACGGUAAA